AAAGUGUGUAGAUUUCCUCCGUGGUAAACGUAAACGUUUGUUGGUUUGUCUGGUUGGAAAAACAGUCGCUGCAACGGCAUCCACGCUCCGAGUACCGUUCAUUUUCACGAUAGAACAGUUCAAUAACGUCGCUCGUACGCUAUCUCAGAGUGUGCACCGAUUUGCCGUCGGUGACCGUGGUUCAGUCGGAAUGUCCGACGAGCAGCAGCCAGCAGUAGCAGCACCGUCGCCAUCACAUCCCACCUCACUGCUGCACUGUAUUGGCGGAGGUGGCGGAGUACCCGAUUGUGAUGCGACAUCGACGCUUGUAACGGCGGCAGCAGCCGCAGCGGCCGUUGCCGCCGCUUCGUCCACUGUUCCAGCGGCUGCCUCGGCCAUCGCUGGUGCAUCCGUUGCGCUUACGGAGCCCGCCUCAGACCCGACCAUAACAACAAUAGGCCCAUCGCCGCCCGCUUCGAUCGUAAAUGGGCCGACACAGCCGCACGGCGUACCGGACUUCCAACAAUACGACGACAGCGAGGACGAAGGCGAGGAUCCGUACCGUUCAGAAUCGAUCAGCAUCGAGCGAAUACGACAGUAUUUGUCCGACAAGCUGGGUUUCUAUACAGCCGACGGGUUCGACGAUAAGGACGGUUCGGGUGGUGCUCCGCCCCGGCGGGUGCUCGAUACGGUCGACAUCGACGGGGUGCUGAAGCAUUGGAAAAAUGGUGGCUUCAAAAAGAUCGUCACCAUGGUCGGUGCCGGCAUAUCAACGUCGGCAGGCAUUCCCGACUUUCGCUCACCGGACACCGGAUUGUACAACAAUCUGAUGAAGUACAAUCUACCGUACCCGCAGGCCAUCUUCGAGCUGGAGUAUCUCUACCAGAACCCCAAACCGUUCUUCACGCUCGCGAAGGAACUGUACCCGGGCACCUUCAAGCCAACGCCGUCGCACUACUUUGUUCGUCUGCUCGAGCAGAAGGGACUGCUGGUGCGCCACUAUACGCAAAACAUCGACACGCUCGAACGCAUUGCGGGUAUUAACGAGGAAAAAAUUGUCGAAGCACACGGAACGUUCUACACCAACCACUGUCUCCAGUGCAAGACGGCCUACAGUCUGGAGUUUGUAAAAGAAAAAAUCUUUGCCGACGAAGUCCCGACCUGCCCGUGCGGCGGGGUCAUCAAGCCGGACAUUGUGUUCUUCGGCGAGGGCCUCCCGGAACGGUUUCACAUGUUGCCCCAUCGGGACUUUGCCGAGUGCGACCUGCUAAUCAUCAUGGGCACCUCGCUGACAGUGCAGCCGUUCGCGUCGCUGGUGGAAUACGUGAAUGACGACUGCGUCCGGUUGCUGAUCAACCGGGACAAGGUUGGCGGUGGCAGCUUCGGUUUCAUCCGCUCGAUGAUGUUCGGCGAGGGGCUGUGCUUCGAUCUGCCCGGAAACCGCCGUGACGUAGCCUGGACGGGCAACUGCGACGAUGGCUGUUUCUUCCUAGCAGAUCAGCUCGGCUGGGGUGACGAGUUACGAGAACUGGUGAAAACGGAGCAUGCCAAGAUAAAGCCGCUACGGCCCCUUCCGCCGAUCGACGUACCGUUGGCUUCGGCCGAAGUUGAUGGGGCUGCCUCGGUUGACAUGGAACCACAAACGAUCCUCGUCGACGAGCACCACCAGGAAGAUGAACACUUCAACGAUGUUGUUGACGGAAGGGGGGCAAGUGAGGGUAAUCCCGGCUGCCCAACGGCUGCCAAUGGUGGGGUGCCGGCCAACGAGCCGGUACACCCGAUGGCAACCGAUCCACACCACGAAAGUGAACUUCAUCAUCAUCAUCAUCAUCAUCAUCAAGUAAAUCUGGAGGAAAACAACCACCAUCAGCAUCAUCUUCCUUCAGAGCUGCACCUUCACCAACACCAUCAUCAUCAACAACAGCAACAGCAGCAUGAUCUCCAUCAUCAUCAUCAUCAACAGCAGCACGACAAGAUGGACGAUCAUCAUGAUGAUGAUGACGAUGUGGUGGUGGAUCACCACCAGCAGUCGAAAGCGUCACCGGAGGACAACACCUAAUCCUCUUCAUCUCAAAUGGGAGAAAAAACAAUAAUAGGGUGAAGACAAAACAAAAACCGAUGUACCGAAUAAUACCUUUCCCUUCCUCUACACUUUAUCACUUUUUCUCUACCAAUUCCAAGUGUAUUGCCUAUGCCUAUUUAAAUGAACUGUAAUCCAGUUGUUUUUCAUCAUUUUACCAUUAUGCAUAAGCAUCUACCAGUCACACACGAAGGAAGGAUUUUCAUGUUAAGGUCUUUUAGCAAACACAACGACUUUUUCGCCUAGCAAAAACAAACACUCAUACAUGCACCAACGACCCGGAACCGCUGGGUCACU